AUGGAGAAGUAGUAAAAUUUAAGAUCUGUAAACAUGUCUAAAAAGCUAUCCCUCGAAACCUAGCGCAGUGAUCAUCUAUUCAGAGCACUCUCAUCCUCUUAAUUCACUAAAAUGUGCUCUAAUGAGGAUCCUAACUAAUAGAGUAACUUAUAAAAUGAAGAUAAUGCCUUUGUUUUAAACAAUUAUGACAUUGUUGAGACAUUUAAAAAUGAUCAUAACAAUAUAAUGACAUAUUUGGGAUGCUCAUUUUUAGAUAAUGAGUUUUAUCAAAUUAAAAGAAAGAGAGUAAAUAAUAUAGGGGAAGAUAUUUCUAACAAGGAACAGAUCAUGCUUUAAAGCUGCAAUCAUGAGCACCUAACUAAAUACGUAAUGUCCUUUUAUCUGAAUCGAUCUGUUUACAUCUUUUUAACAGCAAGCUCUUAGACUUUGGAAAAGCAAUUGCCCAUUAAAAAUACCAGGAAAGGUUUGUCAUAUUUCAUCUAAAUAUGCAAAGCAGUAAAAUAUCUCCACGAUAAAAAUCUUGUCUAUGGAGCUAUGACGCCUAAUCAGAUUUAUUUGAGUAAGGCAAAAGCUUAACUAGCCAUCAAUAAUAUAUACGAUAUAAACAAACAUGGAGCCCAAAAAUAUUUCGAGGACAAGCGAAAAUUUUAUUCAAAUUAAUUAUAUCUCCCUCCAGAAGAAUAGUUUUCUCAAUAAGGUGAUGUUUGGUCUUUAGGUAUUCUGUUUCACGAAGUACUGACAGGACUCCUUCCUUUUAAUCAAAGAGAUGGCAGAUUUUAGAUUCUUGAAGAGUGUAUUGAUCCAUUCCUUACGAAAAUACUGUAAAGAGCUCUAAGAAGAGAUCCUUAAAUUAGGAUAAAAUUAACUGAUAUGAUUUUGGACUUGGAAAAUUAUGCUAACAAUUACAAGACAGUUGAAAACAGCUUUGCUUCUUUGAACCUAAAUAAUAACGUUGAUGGUGGAAACCUAGCAGAACAGUUUAACUAAUUACUUUAGGAUAUAACAAUCUCUACGAUUGCUCAUCCUUCAGAUGAAACUACAUUUACCAAGACUAGCUUGAAAAAUGAUUUGCAAGCGUUAUAGGCUUAUUAUCAAAAGAACGGUUACCCCUAAUCGAAACUAGGUUGA